UUGAAAAUUGUUUUGGAUUUAAAAAAAACCGCAACUUCCCUUCGAUAAAAAACGACUCGAAAAUGUCACGAAAAUGCAUUUUACAUUCCCUCUACCUUGUGGUGCUGCUGCAACUUUGCUAUAGCUUUAAUCCUGCCGAUCAGGAUAAUGGCACAACGGCAUCCUAUCCGGAUGCCACAGAAUCUCAAAGCCCAGCAGUACCGAUAUCACAACAACUGCCGCUGUAUCAAAAUAGACGUCGCCUCCUGUGGAGUGCUGCUGUCAUUAUUUUCGGUGUCAUCGGCAAUCUUUUGGCUUUGGUCAUUUUGGCGCGCAAAAAAGCCACCAAACACAGCAAAUACACGUUCAUGCUAAGGUGCUUAUCGACCAACAACUUCAUUGGCCUGGUGGGCAUGCUGACCACUUUGCUGCUGAAAUUCUAUCUGCCGCCGGAAGUCUUUGAGCAAUACAACAAAUGGGAUUGUGUGGGCAAGGUGGUGUGUCGAUUUUUCGGCCUAAGUUCCGGUUGCAUAGCAGCCGUCAUGGCCAUUGAACGUUGGAUGGCGUUGGCCAGGCCAUUUAUUUAUCACAAGCACAUAACCUAUGAAUUGGUGCGCAAAACUAUAAAAUCUCUGAUCCUUAUUGCUGUGGUCAUCACCUUUUUACCCUUCUUCGGCUUUGGCGCCUACAUGGAUGACAGUAAUCCGGCGAAAAUUAAAUGCCUGCGUUAUCGUGAUGCUGAGGGUUUUUGGAAUAAAACGUAUUCGGUGCUGUUUAUGUUAUUUGGCACCCUGCUCUGUGUGGUCAUAGUCGCUUGUAAUUUAUUUGUUAUGCGCGUUCUAUGCUUCAUUGGCCGCACACGCACCACCCAGCGUCACAUGACCUAUGACAUGGUGAAUCGCAGCGAAAAGGGUUCCGUGGCUCAAAUCGAUGCUGAGAGCUCGAGUGGCACGACACUGUAUCAGCAUGGCCAGAGCAGUACGACACACAUACCGCAAUAUCAUCACAGCAACAGUGUAACACUGUCGGCCCAUGCCUCGCCGGAUGAAAUAAAGUUCGCCAAGUUGAUGUUGUUCCUGAGCAUAUCAUUCGUUAUCUGCUGGAUGCCACAGAUGAUUGCCAUUCCCAUGGCCAUUGUACCGAAUCGAGUGCCGAAAGCACAUCCUUUCUUCUUGAUUGCUGACAUGCUGAUGGCAUUACAUUUCACAUCCGACCCGUAUGUGUAUGUCUUGAGUCGCACCAAACAUUCGUACAUUUUGGGCUGCCUGAAACGUUGGCGUACCGGUUUGAAGCGUUCGCACAGCGAUCAAAGUCGUUUGCGCGCCACCCUGGAACAGCAUACAUUGGAGUGUGGACUCAAUUGAAAUCGAUGAUGAUGGUGAUGAUGAAGUGUGGAUGGAUGAUGUAUGGCAGAGUAGCAGGGCGGUAGCAGCGGAACAAAUUAACAACAAAGGCAAAGAUGGAAAACCUUUGUGGCAUACUAAAACAAUUUUUGUUUCAUUUUUUUUUUGCGUUGGCAUUGUGGAGGCUUGACAUCUUCAUUACACAAGCGAGAUCAUGUUGGAAGCUGUUUUAUUGAUUAGCCAGCCAUUGGCUCUCCCACAGUCGGCUUUGUUGUCUGCCACGCCACAUCAUGUCUGGUCGGCCUGGUCUCCAUAGGUACUUAACAACCUAGCAUUUCGUUUCAUUUUUGUAUUUAUUAUUUUUUAUUUUUAUCAUCAACUGAGUUGAUACAUUAACCCACUUUUCUUUUCAUAUCGUUUACAUGUGUGUGUGUAUCCAUAUGCGAAGCUGUCAUCCUUUCAUCUGGAGGACAAUUACUAUUUGAAACAACAAAACAUUUUGAGUUAUAAAUAGAGCCGCCAAGUAGUCUAUUUCCAAGACCUAUGAUUUUUUUAUUGAAAAAAAAAAUCAAGAGUUUAUUCCAGUUUUAGUUUCGAGUUGAUUCAAAUUGAAUUUGAGAGUGAAGCAAGGACUGGCUGCUUAUUAAGGAAUGUGUAUUCGGAAUAUUCGGUUAACAAAAUUAAUUAAGGAACAUUUUUGGAAGAUUUGAAAUGGGAUAUUUUGUUACAAAAUGGAAAAGAAAUUGGAAAAAUGGAAAUGGAAUACCCAAGAGUUCUAAACAGAUUUAUCUUUAAAAAUUUAAGGUCUUAAAAGGAUUCUCUUAAAUGCAAGCAUAUAGAUCUGGAAAAAUCUUAAAAAAAUUGGAAAAGUUGGUGCAUAAGCAUAAAAAAAUCCAGAUCGGACCAUGAAAAAAUCAUGACAAUUUUUGAAAAAAAAAAAAUCAUAAAAUUUCCUUUAUUUUUUUAUAAUAAAAAUAACGGUCUCCAACAAAAAUUAUUUUAAAAAUCUUGGAUUUUAGUUAAUAAUUUAAAGAUCCAUAAAUAAAACCAUAUCCAUAGACUUAGGGUCCUUGAAAAUAUCUUAAAAAAAUAUUCUAAAUUUUCUUAAAAAAAAUUUAAACAAUUACUGUUCUAAGGUCCUUAAAAAUCCUUUUUUUUUUGGUCUGAGGGCUUUGAAAUAUCUUUAAAAAAAUCUCAAAAUUUCGGUGCAUAAAAAUUUUUUAUUUCAAAAUCCAGAUCGAUCCAAGAAAAAAUCAUUGAAAUUGUUAAAAAAAAUCAUAAAAAAUGUCUUCAAAAAAAAUUGUAAAAAAAUGGAGCUGUCCUUAGAAAAAUACGGAUAGGUCCUUGGAAAAAUUCAUUUUGAAAAAUUCUCGAAUGGAUCUUGAGAAAAAUCUCCUUUAAACAAAUUUACAACUGGUCUUUGAAAAAAUCUCAAUUAAAAAUUCUAAAUUUUAAUGUGACCAAGUUCCUUGGAAUAGCAAUUCAUUUAAUUUCCACGUUUAAGGUGACAAAGGUCCUUGGAAUAAAAAAGAAGAGCAUUAAUCUCAAAGCCUUAAAAAAAAUAUUUUUAAAAAAUCUGGAAAUGUUUGUGCAUGAAAAUGAUAUCUUUAAAAAAUCCAGAUCGGUCCAUGAAAAGAUCAUAACAAUUUUUGAAAAAAAACAUAUUUUUUUUAAUAUUGAGCGGUUCUUAAAAAAUAGGAGUAGGCCCUCGAAAAAAAUUCUCAAAAAGUCCUUGAGAAAUUUUCCUCAAAAAAUACCUGCCGGUCCUUGAAAAAAAAUCUCCUCUAAAAAAUCCACUGUCUAUUGUGACAAAGGUCCUUGAAAUAUAAAUUCUAUUAAAUGCCACGUUUAAGGGGACAAAGGUCUUUGAAAUAAAAAUUCUAACACAAUCCUCACUUAAGAUGUCCAGGACAAACUUAAAAAAUCCAAUUCUAAGUUACCAAAGUUUUGUGAAAUAAAAUUUCUUAUAGAAUCCACUUCACAUGAAUUCACAUCUAAGGUGUCCACGAACAUGGGUAGGUUGAACACUUUUCUCAUGGAGCUUGCCGUCUACUUCCACGUCGAGGAAUAUGAAAAUAUCCGCCACUUAAUCAUGACUCCAGUAGACCAUUUACAUGAGGAGACGAAAUUCCUUCCCUUGCGUCAGCAUACUCAUAUGCUUUCGUUGCAGUACCUGUAAGUCUUCCCUGAUUUGAUUUUUCAUGAUUUUUUCAAAUACUUCAUAGUAAGAAAUCGUGGACUAGUUCGACCAAGCUGAACUUUUAAUCCACUUCACCAUUUUGAAAAAACUUGAAAUUUUUCAAAAAAAAAAAUCAGUAGAAAAAUACCUCUCAAAUAAUAACCCAUAUAUGGGGGACUAUACGAAGACGUGUUCUUUCAUAAGUAAUUUUUUGUCAUAAGCUGUAGUACCCCUUAUGAAGUUGGAAUAAAAAAUUUUAAACAUUUCUGGUAAAAAAAUGUCGUCAAAAUUCCGAAUAUUGGGAGAUACCGUUAUGUGGGAGCUAUAGGAAGAAGUGGAGCUGCUUCUUUGUCAUAGACUGUAGUAGCUAUUACGAACUUCGAAUACAAAAUUUGAAAAAAAUUCCGGUAAAAAUGUCGCUAAAAACAUCAAAAUACUGAAUCUUGAGAGGUACACUUAUAU